UAAAAAUCGAUUUUGCGUCCACCUAUAAUAGCAACCGCGUGCAACUUUCAACUCGGAUCGAGUUCAAUCCAUUUUGGCCACUAAACAGAGGGAAUGCAGCGACAAAAACCGAAGGGACCGGGAAGACCGGGUCCGCGAUCCAAGCCGGGAUCAGGCAAGGGCAAGGUAGCACCAGGUGGCCGUGGAGGCGGGGACAACAAGCAGAAGCGUCCGCGGCCGGAGUUCAACAAAUCCCGGCUGGCCGCCACCGAUGCUGAGAUUCGAGAGCUGCAGGCCCAGUACGCAGAAAUAGAUGCUCCUGCCAUCAAGAAGUUUGCUCAGUUUCCGCUGUCCAAAAAGACCCAAAAGGCGCUGGCGGAGUUCAAGUUUGUGCAUCCCACGCAGGUGCAGCGGGAGAGCAUUGGACCCGCGUUGCAGGGCAAGGAUGUGCUGGGCGCGGCGGUCACGGGAAGUGGCAAGACACUGGCCUUCCUAAUACCCGUUCUGGAACACCUGUUUAUGAACAAAUGGUCGCGCACCGAUGGAGUUGGUGCCAUUAUUAUAUCGCCCACCCGCGAGCUGGCCUACCAGAUCUUCGAGACCCUCAAGAAGGUGGGCAAGCACCACGACUUCUCCGCCGGCCUCAUCAUCGGCGGCAAGAACCUAAAGUUCGAGCGGACGCGCAUGGACCAGUGCAAUAUCCUCAUCUGCACACCAGGCCGCUUGCUGCAGCACAUGGACGAGAAUCCGCUCUUUAAUACGAGCACUAUGGAGGUGUUGGUCCUGGACGAAGCAGAUCGUUGUUUGGAUAUGGGUUUCCAGAAGACACUCAAUUCCAUCAUUGAAAACUUCCCGCCCGUGCGACAAACGCUGCUUUUCUCGGCCACGCAAACGAAUACGGUGCAGGAUUUGGCAAGGCUCAAUCUAAAGGAUCCAGUCUAUGUCGGCUAUGGAGAGGCAAGGCCAAGCGAAGAACCCUCGAGCUCCAGGAAAGGUCCGAGCACCGCUGUCUUGGCCGUGCCCGAGCUGCUGCAGCAGAGCUAUGUGGUGCUGAACCUGGAGGACAAGAUCACCAUGCUGUGGUCGUUCAUUAAGAACCAUUUGAAGCAAAAGAUCAUUGUGUUUGUGUCCAGUUGCAAGCAGGCCAAGUAUCUGUACGAGAUCUUCUGUAAACUGCGUCCGGGUAGCCCGCUGCUGGCUCUUUACGGAACCCUCCACCAGGAUCGCCGCAUUGCCAUCUAUGAGGAUUUCCUGCGCAAGAGCCACGUGGUAAUGUUCUCCACCGAUGUGGCCUCACGCGGUCUGGACUUCCCCGCCGUCAAUUGGGUGGUGCAGUUGGACUGUCCGGAGGAUGUCCCGCAGUAUAUCCAUCGAGCGGGUCGUUCGGCGCGAAAUAAGACACGCGGCGAGUGUCUUUUGGUUCUGACACCCAGCGAGGAAGAGUACAUGAUUGGUGCACUCAAGGAGCAGCUGAACAUUGACAUCCGCUGCGUACAAAUCGAUCCAAAGAAGCUCUUCUCGCCGCGCGUCAAGAUCGAAGCCUUUCUGGCCCAAUUCCCUGAGCUGAGGGCCACCGCUCAGCGUGCCUUCCUCUCCUACAUAAAGUCCGUUUUCCUGAUGCGCAACAAGCGGCUGUUUAACGUCUUUAGCCUAGAUCUGGAUGCAUUUGCGCAGUCGCUGGGCCUGGCAGUUACGCCGCGUGUCCCCUUCCUGGAAAAGUUCCUCUGGCGGCAGAAACAGAUGCAGCUGCAGAAGGAACAGGGAGAUGUCCCACCAGUGAAUAAUCCAGUUCUCCCCAAGAUGACCAAACAACAGAGCUUUGGCGGCGCCAACGAAGACGAAGAUGAUAGUGAUGACGAAGACUUCAUCAAGGUGAAACGCAAGGAUCACGAUGUGGAAGGAGAACCAGUAAAACUGGACGAAGACGAGGGCAAUGAGGACGAGCCAGAGGCCCCUCUGGUGGUGCCCAAGCGCGAGAAGCUGGUCACCAAGGCCUCGCUGGCCAAGAAGGCUCUAAAGAAGAACCUGCAGGUGAACUCCAAGCUCAAGUUUGAUGACGAGGGCGAAACGGUGGCGGAUGAUCGCAAUCAAAUGAAGGCGCUGAGUGCCAGGCAGCGAACGAAAAAGCAAGACGACGACGACGGAGGCAUAGAUCUGGUGCUGUCCAAGGCUCUCCUAACCGAGGAGGAUCAGUACGACAAGCAGCGAUUCCGGGAGCUGGUCAAGAAACGACACAAACUGCAGCGGGAGAAGCUGCGCAAGAAGACAGAAGAGGUCAAGGGAAGCGACGAGGAGGAGGACCAAGAUGCUGAUGAUGCCGCAGAUGCCGAAGAUGCUGACAGCGAGAGUGACCAUUCAGUGGACCUUUCGUGGCUGCCAGAUCCCGACAAAAUCUACAGAAAUAAGUCUAAUACGUCUGAUCGGGAUGCGGGUGCGCAGUCUUUAUCUGAAUCAGAGCAAGGCGAUGCUACCGACAAUGAUGACGAUGACAACGUCGAAGAAAGCUCCGAUGAGGAGCCCGCCUACAAAAAGUCCAAGCUAACGGAUAAGAUGACUUUAAUGGACACGGAGGCCAUUGCGGCCAGUCUUUUGGGUAGCUAAGUUAAGGGCCCGACUGUGUAAAUAAAUUAAUGCCAAUUAUUUUUUUAAUAAUAAUUUGUAAUUUAA